GUCUACAUCUCCAGUUCAAGACAAAAUGCACCAAGAUGAUACAGUACCCAUUAAAAGAGAAUUUAAGAUGGUGUCACCAUCUCCAAUACAAGACACAAUAGAGAAUGACCGCAAUGUUCACAUGGUUGGGCUAAGCAAAUCCAUACAAAAACCUGAUAGCAAAACAGUCCUAUCUCGUAAUGUGGAUGUGGAUAUGCUACAAUUAACUUUCCCACAUAACAAUAGAAUUAUUGCAUCAUGUGUUACACAUUCUGCCAAGAGUAAAGUUACCAAAUCUCUAAAACGUAGCCCAAUUGUCACCUCCCAAGCUGUAGUUCCAAAUUUGAAAAAGAUGAAAAAAAUCAAAGAUACGUCCCAGGAAUCUGGACUGGUUGAUGAGGAGAGUAUCAAUGAGUUCGCACCAUUUACUGAAUUGGAGAAGAUCAUAUGCAAUUAUAUUUUCAAUAAGGAUCUAGAUGGGAGUGAAGUUCUUUCUAGCAUGAAAUAUGAGUAUGGUGAUCGUGCGGCUUUUUUUUCAUUGCUCCCUAACCAAUGGAUAAGCAGUCAGAUUAUUAACUUGACCAUUUGCAUGAUGACUUUGGAAGAGAAAAAGUAUGGAGCACUAUAUGCGUGGCAUUUGCCAACACAUUUCUCACAAAAAAUGAUUGAAGAAGAUGGAAAUCCCACACUGGAAUGGUUUAAAAGGACAUAUAGGGACGAUGACAAGUAUAUGUCCAGAUUGAUGUGUUGUGAACAGAUUUAUAUCCCUAUGAAUGACAAUAAUAGUCACUGGUACUUAUGUGUCAUUGACUUUAGUUCAAGAAAAAAAUGUAUACAUAUAUUGGACUCUUUGCCAAGCACAACUAGGCAAGACAUUCGAAUAAAAAAUGUGCAAACAGUGGUAAAAGGCCUCGAUAAGUUAUUGAGUUAUUUGGAGAAAGACAGCUAUACUAAUAGUAUUACCAAAUUUCCAUUGAAAUCACCCCCGUUGGAUCCUAUACAAGAUAAUGGGUAUGAUUGCGGCAUGUAUGUUAUUAAGCACAUGCAUACAAAAAUUAUCAAACAGAAUCUAACCUUGAUGGUAAUAUAUUUAUUGGAAGUAUAUUUUACAGUUUUCGCAUAAUUUGCUUAAGCCUUU